UGGCCCAGCCGCGUGGAGCGCCUGGGAGGAGGAGACGGAGCCGACCUGCCGAGAUGGAGGCGGCCGGCACCUGGGCGCUGCUGCUCGUGCUGCUGCUCCUGCUGCUGACGCUGGCGCUGCCCGGGAUCCGGGCCCGAGGCCACCUGCCCCCCGGGCCCGCGCCGCUGCCGCUGCUGGGGAACCUCCUGCAGCUCCGGCCCGGGGCGUUUUACUCCGGGUUCCUGCGGCUGAGCAAGAAGUAUGGACCAGUGUUCACCGUGCACCUGGGGCCCUGGCGGCGCGUGGUGGUCCUGGUUGGUCACAAGGCUGUGCAGGAGGCCCUGGGAGGCCAGGCUGAGGAGUUCAGUGGGCGAGGAACACUGGCGACGCUGGACCGGACUUUUGACGGCCACGGGGUCUUUUUCUCCAACGGGGAGCAGUGGAGGCAGCUGAGGAAGUUCACCAUGCUCGCUCUGCGGGACCUGGGCAUGGGGAAGCGAGAAGGCGAGGAGCGGAUCCAGGCGGAGGCCCAGUGCCUGGUGGAGGCGUUCCAGGGGACAAAAGGACACCCAUUCGAUCCCUCCCUGCUGCUGGCCCAGGCCACCUCCAACGUCGCCUGCUCCCUCGUCUUUGGCCUCCGCUUCCCCUACGAGGAUGAGGAGUUCCAGGCCGUGGUCCGGGCAGCUGGGGGUACCCUGCUGGGGGUCAGCUCCCCAUGGGGCCAGACCUACGAGAUGUUCUCCUGGCUCCUGCACCCCCUGCCAGGCCCCCACAGGCGGCUCUUCCGCCAUCUGGGCACCCUGGCUGCCUUCGCCGUCCAGCAGGUGCAGCGGCACCAGGGGAGCCUGGACACCUCAUGCCCCGCACGCGACCUUGUGGAUGCCUUCCUGCUGAAGAUGGCACAGGAGGAACAAGACCCAAACACGGAAUUCACGGAGAAGAACUUGCUGAUGACAGUCACUUACCUGCUAUUCGCCGGGACGAUGACCGUCAGCGCCACGAUCUGCUACACCCUCCUGCUCCUGGUGAAAUAUCCUCGGGUCCAAAAGCGUGUGCGCGAGGAGCUGACGCGGGAGCUGGGCGCAGGCCGGGCGCCAGGCCUGGGGGACCGUCCCCGCCUCCCUUACACCAACGCGGUUCUGCACGAGGCGCAGCGCCUCCUGGCGCUGGUGCCCAUGGGAAUACCCCGUGCCCUGACGCGGACCACCCGCUUCCGGGGGUACACCCUGCCUCAGGGCACUGAGGUCUUCCCCCUCAUUGGUUCUGUCCUGCAUGACCCCGAUGUCUUCGAGCAGCCAGAGGAGUUCAACCCCGGCCGUUUCCUGGAUGCGGAUGGACACUUCAAGAAGCACGAGGCAUUCCUGCCCUUCUCCUUAGGGAAGCGUGUCUGCCUUGGGGAGGGCCUCGCGCGAGCGGAGCUCUUCCUCCUCUUCACUGCCAUCCUGCAGGCCUUCUCCCUGGACAGCCCGUGCCCACCGGGCACUCUGAGCCUCCGGCCAGCUGUCAGCGGCCUUUUCAACGUCCCCCCAGCCUUCCAGCUGCAGGUCCAGCCCGCUGACCUCCAGCCCACUGUGCAGACCAGAUGA